AUGAGUCGUAAUUUAGCCCUUGAUAGCCGAAGAUCGUCUAUAAGUGACGGUGGGAGUCACUUACAGGAUAGAAGGGUAUCUAUUACUACUUCAGGGGAUACACACGGUACACGAAGGCCAUCUAUUUGCUCCAUAACAGGGCCACCAAAUCUCACCAAACGCAGGUCAACUAUUCAUCGUAAAUCAAGCCUGCUUGACAAUCAUCCUGCCCAACUAGCAUUCCGACCACGACUAGCCAACACAUACCAGAUGGAACCAGAAAGAAAGUUUAAACCUACAGAGAUCCAGAAACUUGUGUAUAAUGUUCUAGAAGAGAGACUCGAAGACACAAGUUAUGAUCCUGACAAAUGUCGUUUUCUCGUGGUUUCUCUCGCAAAUGAAAUACGGCAUAGGGUAAAACAGAUGGGGUUUGCUCGGUAUAAGAUAGUUUGCACUGUUGACAUGGGAUCGAUUGCAGAACAAGGAUUACGAGUUGCUAGUCGUUGUCUUUGGGAUAAAGUUCAAGAUAGUUUGGGAACAGCAACAUAUAAGAACGAGAGCUUGUUUGCAGUUGGAACUGUGUUUGGAGUAUACCAUGAGUGA